AUGCCGCCCAAGAAGUCUCGCAAGCGCGCCGCCGAAGAGGACUACGAGAGCGACGGAGGUUUCAUCGAGGACGCGCCAAAGAGCAAGAAGAGCAAGGCCACAUCGCAGGUUGUGAACCUCGAAAAGCAGCAAGACGAUGACGGCAACGACUACUGGCAGAUCUCAGGCAAGCGCCGUCUUGUGGUCAGCGAAUUCAAAGGCAACACGAUGAUCAAUAUCCGCGAAUACUACGAGAAGGACGGCAAGGCACUUCCAGGCAAGCAAGGAGUCUCGCUCAACAUCCACCAAUACAAAGCCUUCGUUGAGCUCCUACCUCAAAUCGAAUCGUCUCUAGGUGCGAAGGGCAUCGAGGUCCCUCGUCCUCAGUAUGGCGGGGACUCGAGUGCCAAAUCUGUCGAAGUGGAGGACGACGACGCGGCGAAAGUGAACGUCAAUGAUGAGGAAGAGGCUGAGGAAGAGCCGGUGAAGCCAUCCAAGAGUAAGCUUGACAAGUUCAAGCUGAAGCCGAAUCACGAAGCCACGAGUGACGAGGAUGAUGGUUAA